UUCUUUCAACAACAUUGUAAGGCGUUUACUCCCUUCCACACGACAUACUUAGGCCUGUAGUUCUAGAAAAUGCGAGUGUAACUAUACGGCUAAUGAUUUAUUGUACUUACCCACAUAUUGUAACAACAUAUAAUAUUAGGUACUCAUAACGCACAAGCACAAACCAAACAUAGGUAUUUAUUAUCUAUUUGACAUGAAAAAUGUACCUACCUAUAUUGUAAACGAGAACUGUUCACCGUUCAGCAAUACUCCAUCACGAAUUACUGAAACCUACCUACAUGUAUAAUUUUUUACAAAAAGAUAAUUCUUUGCAGUUAAAGCGUUGAACCUGUGAAUGAUCAACAUGGUUUUCUCUUUAUUUGUUGUAAUUUUACUCGUUCAUCAGUACUUGGUAGUUCAAUCGGAAUUGAUAUGUGAUCCAACGGUGAAACCGAAACCAGACUUUCAUUGCGAUUGGGAUGCAGAUAAAUUGUACCACGAUUUCGGCGAUGAUCAAGGAAAUGUCAGGCUCUUAUUCCACAGAUCUUUAGAGCAACGCCAAUCCAUUCGAGAUUAUUUCAAUUCCCAUUACCAUUGGCAGGUGAGAAAAGAUUGCGGUCGUCAUUGUACUUACUAUGAGUAUCCUGCAGCGAAUUUAGCCUCUGAUCUUGGUAAACAAGCCAGAUACAAUUUGGAUAAAUUGUACGAUAUGAUAUUCACGAAUUUUGAAGAUAUUCUGAUCGGUGUUGUUCACGGUACGAUUACUCGAGAAUGGAAAGAAGUCGGAGGCAUAGGAGGUACUUUGUGCAAAUGAUAACAAAAUGAAAAAGCUGAUGAGAGAGUCGUACGAAAAAAAUUUUAAAAUUAAAAUGGAAGACGAUUUCAAGACAUUCAACAAAGAAGACGCAGCAUAUCAGAAUGCUAUGCUCAAGUACUGUUUGCCGGAUCUUUGUCAAGAUAAGAAAAUCUCCAAAGAUCAAGCUACGAAAGAGGCAAAAGCUCUUCAAGAUAUUGAUAUAGAAAAUGAUAAGGAAAAAUUCAAGUGUAAAUUGAAAGAAUUUUUGAACAAGUAUUGCGAACCAGAUCUCAAACUUAUAUUCCAAGCUUACCGUAAGGACGAGGAACAUGGCAUCGAUACAGCUGUAGAGAAAGUGUUUGAAGGCGACGAAAGAAGAGUUUAUGACAUGAUAGUGCGGUAUAUCGAAGAUACCUGUAGAUGUUACGCUGAUGAAUUACAUAAAGCUGUAAAAGGAGGAGGAUGCGAUUACGAUAAAGUGCAUCGAAUAAUUUUAACUCGAUCUGAAAGGGACCUGAAGUGUAUACUGGACAAUUUCCGGAGCCGAAAGGACCAAACCUUCACAGCACGUUUGAAAGAUGAAACUCGUUUAGAAAAAUUAUAUUUGACUUCUAUUCGAUAUCUGGGCGGUAAACCAUAAAUAUGAAUGAUUGGUAUCAGGAUCCUUUCAUAUUAUGUAUGUACUUACACGAGUGUUCGGAAAUAUGCUAUUUUACCUACUAGAUAUAGGUUUCCGCUACGAAUAAAUUUUUAUAAAUUUGUUACAAAA